AUGCACAAGCGUACAAAGAUUAAGAUUGCCAUCUUUGUGCUGCUGGUGGGUAUGGCAUGCAUGUUCACGGCAGUGGUAACGGACCACUGGGCAGUUCUUAGCCCAAAGGUGGAGAAACUCAAUGAGACCUGCGAGGCGGCCCACUUCGGCCUGUGGAGGCUGUGCAAGAAGUACAUCUACAUCAGCUCAGAACACUACGACGCAGGGCACGGCUGCGGACCCAUCAGCCUGCCUGGAGAAGAAAAUUGCACUUACUUCAGGCACUUCACUCCAGGACAGGAUGCUGAGAUAUUUGAAUAUAAAACACAAAAAGAGUACAACAUCUCUGCUGCAGCCAUCUCCAUCUUCAGUCUGGCCUUCAUGAUCCUUGGCUCUCUUUGUGUGGUGGGCUCAUGUACUGGUACAGGCAAAAAAAGAGACUACCUCCUUAAACCUGCUGGCAUGUUUUUUGCAUUUGCAGGUCUCUGUGCAUUCAUCUCACUGGAGGUGAUGCGUCAGUCAGUGAAGCGCAUGAUCGAGAGCGAGGAGACAAUUUGGAUCGAAUACUACUACGGCUGGUCCUUUGCUUGUGCCUGCACUGGCUUUGUCCUCCUCUUUCUCUGUGGCAUUGCACUCUUGUUCCUCUCCAUGCCUCAGAUGCCCAGGAAUCCAUGGGAAACCUGCAUGGACGCCGAGCCGGAACAAGUUGAGUGA